CUUCCGUCUCGGGUGAGGAGUGGCAGUUUACAGGAAGCACCUGAACGUAGCACCGCAUUAUAGCAAGUCCAGCGGCUGUGGCUUGAAAAGAUGCAAACUAUAAAGUGUGUGGUGGUGGGUGACGGUGCAGUGGGAAAGACAUGCCUGCUCAUCUCAUACACGACGAACAAGUUUCCCUCUGAAUACGUUCCUACGGUGUUCGACAACUAUGCCGUGACGGUGAUGAUCGGUGGAGAACCGUACACUCUGGGACUGUUUGACACUGCAGGUCAGGAGGAUUACGACAGACUGCGACCCCUCAGCUACCCUCAGACUGACGUCUUCCUCGUUUGUUUCUCUGUUGUAUCGCCUUCAUCCUUCGAGAACGUCAGAGAGAAGUGGGUGCCAGAGAUUUCACACCACUGCCCGCGGACGCCCUUCCUGCUGGUGGGGACUCAGGUGGAUCUCAGAGACGACAGCAACACCCUGGAGAAGCUGGCCAAGAACAAACAGCGAGCCCUGAGCUGUGAGAGCGGAGAGAAACUGGCUCGUGAGCUGAAGGCCGUCAAAUACGUGGAGUGUUCGGCUCUGACGCAGAGGGGACUGAAGAACGUGUUUGACGAGGCCAUCCUGGCAGCUCUGGAGCCUCCGGACACCAAACCCAAAAAGCGCUGCGUUCUGUUGUAGACGCCACGACAAGAAGAAGAAGAGGAGGAGGAGGAUGAUAGGAGAAGGUGGAGGUGGACCAGGAGGAGAUUAUUAACCCAGAUGGGAACUGAGGGGGGGAGGGUAGACGCAUUUAAACAGUGCCUUCAGCCAUAGUGACUUACCGUGGGUGUGGUGUUAGAAAGGAUAGGCGCUUUGUUUUCAUCACCGUAACAUGACUAACAUGUUUGAGCAACACUCCUCGCUAACCUGGAAACAGGGUUUUAAUAAUCGCAGGAAGCAGAUUGAGCAAUAGUAGUUUAAACCUCAGAUGCCUUGAAGAUACAAACAAUGGAUGGAGUCAAGUUUGCAGCUGAAACUUAACAAAAAAUUUUAAAAUCAUUUAAAAAAUCUACAAGAAACUGUAUAAAAUAUCUGAAAUAAAUGUUGGGAACAAUGUGUUGGGUCAGUAAACUGCUGCUUUAUAUUUGUGACACUUGUGUUAAUGAUUGAUCUGCUGUUGAUUUCAUAGUCUUGAAAUAAUUUGGUAAUCAUAGAGUUUGAACAGUUGUGGUGUACAGUAGCAGUGACGGGCGCUACACUGUUGAUCUCAACAACAGCUUUUUUUUUUUUUAUAUGUCAGCUUUUCCACCUUAAAACAAAAAACUUUGAGCAAUAUUUUCCCUUUUAUUUUGUUAACAUAAGAUUAACUCUGUUUGCAGAUUUUGAAUUUUUAUUUUAACCUUUAAAGCAAAAAAUCUUAUGCAGUCGUGCAGGCUUUAUGGAUUUAUGUAAGACAUAAGAGAGACACGUGGCACUCAGAGAAUCCUCAGCUGAAAAUCUACAAAUACAAAAAAUAAUAACCUACAGGAGAAAAAAAGCCUAUUUCAAGUCAAACCUGUAGAGCUGCUUUGGUUAGAUUUGACUGUUGCUUCUGUAAGUGCAGUUUUUAUGUCCUGGUCACCAGUGAAAUUAAAAGUAUUUAAGGUAGUGCUUUAAAAUAAUUGUCCAGAGGUGUUUCAGCGUAGCUGCUGAGUGGCUGUGUUUGCUUCUAGAAAGCCUUUGUUGACAUUCUCAUCCUGUGGCGAAAAAUCCUGUGAAACUUGAGGAAAAGGAGCUAGUUUGCUCUUAAUGUAUCCACAGUAUAAUUCAAGAAAGUCCUUUUGAGGAAAGCAGGAAAUCUUUCCAAGCAGCUGUAGUUUGAUCUCAACAUAAGGUUAGAUAAAUCCUAAAGUAGAUAAACCCGUCCACCUCUGCUUAAACUGUAGAUUUAAAUAUAAUCAAAAGUGUUGAUCAUAAGAAAGUCAACAUUAGUGCUGUUUUAUCAAGUCACUGGUUUCAAUAAAGCAACAAGAAGAGCACCAACAAACAUUUUCAGCACUCUUAUAUCAUCUAGCCGACACCUUUGGGGACUUUUAAAUCUAAAUCCCAAAAUAAACAG